AUGGGUCCCCCAAUAAAUCACAUUCAUUCGUGUUCCUCGCCUUCGUUGCAAUACACUCGAUUGACGUCGCUUGGAGACUUCUCCGGGUCCAGCAACGAACGCCUUGGCGGAAUCGAGGCGUGCUUGCAGGGGGCGGCGACCAAGGAGGAGCUGGCCCUCAAGGCCAACGCCCGCGACGCUGAGGCGGCGUUCACCGCUCUUCGCGCGGACUGCGCCCUCCGGGCCCGACAAGCGUCCCUGGCCAGCCUUGAGACGACGGUUUCACGCCUCCAAGAGGAACACGCCAAGACAAGAAGAGCUUCCGACCUCACCGGCCGUUUCGUCGACUGGUUCUCCUCCCGCGGGCAGGCGUACGAGCACAACCUAGCAGCCGUCGAGAAGCACAUCGAAAACCUCGCUACUCGAUCGGUGGGCGCUAGAGCCAGCCCGGCCUCGGCGGCGGCGGCCGCUUUAGACGCAGCGCGAGGGGCCCAGCGCAUGGCUAGGAACGGAGGCCGCUCCACCUUGAAUAGCCAAACGAACUUAGCAGAUAUUUUGGGGGGCAGCGGUUUCGCGCCGGGGGGGGGUGGAGGAGGCGGCAGCGGCGGCGGUGUGGGAGUUCCGUAUGGCGGCGGGGUGCGUUUCACGCCCGCGUGA